UUCGUUGUUGCCCGCGGUCCAUCGAUAAAAUUCACAACAGUCGUUUUUCUUUCACCUAAUUUUCUUUUGAGUUCUCGAUUUUUAUUCAAAUCCUCAAAACAAUCAAGUGCUUCGCGUGCGUGACAAUUUCAAAGCGCAGCGCUCCCACCAGCUGGUCAUCGUCGUUGGCACUGCUAGCGACAGCGAGCGACACCGCCAUGUCGGUGUUCCACCCAAAACGGUUAACCGACGGACACGAAAUCGAACAGCAGAUGGACCAAGAUGGACAGGAUAGUGGUGAUAUUCUGCUGCAGACGUCCGGAACGGGGACCUUGGCGAACGUUAGUUGCAGAGAUAAGGAUUCCUCGGAGGAGCGAUCACCGCGACACAGAUCUACUAGAAGCUUCCAGCCGAAAAGGGUUUCUGAGCUGCCUCCGUUGGAAUCGGAAUCGGAUUCAGAUGACGAGAAUAAUUUGAACUGUGCAAUCUUAAACGAUUCAUUCCUGCUGACCCCUUCAAAAUGUCCUGAUGACAUGGAUAGUGUAGACAAGGCUCCGAAAUCCGUGGCGAUUCCGACACAGAAGGAAAAUGUACAUGCACGCCAAAGACUGGAGGAUAGGUUAAUUAGUACGGCAGGCCCAGAACCGCAUGAGAUGAAGGUUUUAAAACGGGUUCCCCUUUUGGAUCGAUGUCAGUUUUCCCUUCUUAACCAGAACGAUUCGAAAUGCUCGAAAACGCGAGACUCGGGUAUCAGUAGUACAACUUCGUCGGUGCUUUCCGCCGUAGAGCAGCCAGUGACAGAGAUUGGGAUCAAACCUACCAACAAGGACGAAGUGGACGAGGCAGAGCUUGGAAAGAGUCUACGGGAACAGAAAAUUCAAUCUCCUUCUAAGGAUCACCUGUUCGUGACGCCACGAGACAAGUUUCCACGGAGCCACGCUCGAGGAAUAUCCUCUCGAGUGAUUUCUUCGACAGCGGGUCGUAGUAAAUCUCGGACUACGUUGGAAGAUGAAUUCAAAUCUCAGAAGAUAUUAUUCGCAACGCCUUUGGCCACUGGUUUGUCCAGGCUUCCGGUGAACGCCAAUGAUAGCCUAUCGUUGUCCCUGGUCGAUACUCCCAUCAAAUCGAAAGACAGGCCACUGUCACCAAUCGUGGAACAGCAGCAGCCGGUGCGAGCUACGAAACGCUCGACGGAUGAACUUUUCCCAGCAACUCCGGGACCGGAAAAGCGACUAUCUCCGGAACCUGUACCACAUCCAUCGAAGGACGUUCCACCAGUAGCGGCGGAAGAGAAACGAACGACAGAGCAGCAGCAGCAGCAACAGACGAAGCCACUUCCAGUGAUUGCCAUCAACGGGAAGGAGUAUCAGGUGCUGAAGAAGCUGGGUUCUGGUGGGUCCAGUUCCGUGUUCCUGGCCAAACAGGUUGGCACCGGAGUGGAAUGUGCUCUGAAGUUGGUCAACCUUGAAGGCGAUGCCAGUCUUGUGGAGGGCUAUAUUAACGAGACGAAGCUGCUUGCCAAACUACAGGGAAACGAAAAUGUAGUGGCUCUGUACGAUUAUUGCCACCUUCCAGAAGCAAACCAGCUCUUUCUCGUCAUGGAGAAAGGCGACAGUGAUCUGCACAAAUUCCUUCAAAACUAUCAAAAGGACAUUCCCCUCUACACGCUGAUGCAGAUAUGGUACCAAAUGGUGCAAUGCGUUCACUACAUCCACGAGCACGGUGUCAUCCAUCUGGACCUGAAACCGGCCAACUUUCUCAUGGUCAAAGGACGCCUCAAGCUGAUCGACUUUGGCAUCGCCAGCAACAUCGCAUUCGAUUCUACCAGUAUUAUGAAAUUUUCCCAGGCGGGCACAUUCAACUACAUCAGCCCGGAAGCGUUGAUCGACACUGAGACUAGCCCUUCCAACUCGCAGCCAAAGAUCAAAAUGUCCAAGAAAUCCGACAUUUGGUCGCUGGGUUGCAUCCUGUACCUGCUGCUGUACAAAAAGACGCCCUUCGCUCACAUCAAGAACAUUCACAACAAGGUGAACACCAUUACCAAUCCGAACACGGUGAUCGAGUAUCCACCGCUACCCAUGUACUAUCCGGCCAUGUUGCUGGAAAUGCUGCAGAGGUGCCUCAAGUACGACGCCAAAGCGCGGGCUUCCACGACGGAGCUGCUACAGUAUCCGUUCGAUAUGGUGAUACCGAUCGGCACCAAGUGACGUAAGUUUGUUUUCUCCUGUCAGCAGGUGUCGAUCUGCUCUGUGUAUAGUAUUUUCUAGCAUUUAUCCUGUGUGCUGCAAAUAUUUAUUAUAUAUAUUGGCUAUUUCUACACAAACUAACAACGUGAACUGAAGGCACAAACAGAU